AUGAUUCUAGACAUUUUGACUUUGUAUCUAAUAUCAUUUAGCACCUUGCACGCUGGGUCGUCUUUGGAAUUGCAUUUCGGCAUGCCCAAUGUUUGCACUGGCCAGGAGAUGUCUCUUUUGGGAAGCCCACAGCCUUGUGUACAGGCUUAUACACGUAUGGUGAAGGUGUGGAGGCAGGGUUGUACAGGCCGAUGGUGUAUAGGUUAUGAAAGGAGGACGACAUACUACACAACAUACAGACAAGUAUACAAGACCGAUACCCACACAGUUUUUAAGUGCUGCCCUGGUUGGACUCAAAGGGAUGGUGAACCAGGCUGUCUACAUAGGAUAUGCAGUGCCCAUAUGUGUUUCAAUGGAGGUCGAUGUGCAGAGAGUGGAGAUCAUAUAUGUGAUUGUCCAAAAGGCUUCAAAGGGACACGAUGCCAGUACGAUAUAAAUGAAUGUGAUGUGGACAAAGGAGGCUGUGAAGGUUACUGUUGCAAUACUAUUGGCAGCUACUACUGCAAGUGUCCUGAGGGCAGUGAGUUGGGGCCAGAUGGAAAAUCCUGUCAAGAUGUGGAUGAAUGUGCGGAGCUCAACGGAGGAUGCCAGCAGAGAUGCAUCAACACACCAGGCUCUUAUCAUUGUGAAUGUGGGGAAGGAUUCCGCAUGCAUACUGAUGGACGGACCUGCAUUGCUGUAAAUUCUUGCUUGGUGUUGAAUGGAGGUUGUGAGCACAAGUGUCUAGACAUGGGGAACAAUCACUAUAAAUGUGAGUGUCGAAAGAACUACAAGCUGAAGACAGAUGGGAGGCACUGUGAACUGAGGGACCCCUGUGAGGAGAGGAAUGGAGGCUGCACACAGCUGUGUGUCUCUGUAGAUGGCAAUGUUCAGUGCAGCUGCCGAGCUGGUUUUACUCUGGUUCAAGAUGGCAAGAGCUGUGAAGACAUUGAUGAGUGCAAUUCAGGUCAUGGCAAUUGCUCCCAUGGAUGCGUCAAUAUGUUGGGCUCCUUUAGAUGUGUCUGUCAUCCAGGCUUUGAGCUUGGAGCAGAUGGGAAACGGUGCUACCGCAUUGAAAUGGAGAUUGUUAACAGCUGUGAGAAGAAUAAUGGAGGUUGCUCUCAUCAAUGUGAGCACACCACCAAUGGGCCCCUUUGCUCAUGCCAUCUUGGCUACCAGUUGGACCACGACAGGAAGACCUGUGUAGACAGUGAUGAGUGUGUCAAUGGGGAAUCCUGUUGCAGUCACUUCUGCAGAAACUAUCCAGGCGGCUACGAAUGCAGCUGCCGAUCUGGUCACACACAAAAUCCAGAUGGCUGUGGCUGCGAUGACAUCGAUGAGUGCCUGACAGAGAGUUCAGGCUGUGAUCAUGACUGCGUCAACACUCUGGGAACAUAUGAGUGUUCUUGCCAACGGGGUUUCCGCCUUGAUGAAGAUCAGCACACUUGCAUUCCUUUGUAUGGUAGGGCGUUGGAGGAAGAAGAGGAGGAGGAAGAAGAAGAUGAUGAAGAGCUGGAAGUCUUCAGGUUACCAGAGCUGGUCUUCCGCAACAUUCCCCAGCUUCUCCACUACACAGCAGCAUUACAUUCUAGCUAUGGGAGUGAUAAUAAGGAUGAUGAUGGUAGUGACUUUGAUGAAGAGUUUGAGAGCUUCAAAAACCAUCCAGUACAAUUUCGACUCAACAGUCAAAUUGUGUGUCUGGAUAACACUUUUGGUGAGGACUGCAGUUGGCGAUGCGAAGACUGUGUAAAUGGAGACUGUGCUGAAAAUAAAGACCACUGUGAAUGCUCACCUGGAUGGGCUGGCGUUAUCUGUAAUGAAACUUGUCCACAGGGCACAUAUGGACUGACUUGUAACAGUCUGUGCCAAUGUAAGAAUGGAGGCACAUGUGACCCUGUGACCGGGACAUGUUCAUGCCCUCCUGGGAUACAAGGUCUACAGUGCGAGGAUGGUUGUCCGAGAGGCUAUUUCGGAAGUCAGUGUUUGAGAAAGUGCAAUUGUCCAAACAAUGGACCCUGCCAUCGUCUAUAUGGCGCUUGCCUGUGUUCCCCAGGAAUAUAUGGCCGACACUGCCAUUUGCCUUGUCCCAGAUGGACGCACGGCCCAGGCUGUUCGAAGGAAUGUGAGUGUGUUCAAGAACAUUCCACUGGCUGUGACCCCAAGAUUGGGAGCUGUAUAUGUAAGCCUGCAUACCAUGGCUCGCAAUGUGAAAAAGUGUGCCCGGACGGCUUUUACGGGCUUGGCUGUGGCCAGAUGUGUGAGUGCAGGAAUGGUGCCCGCUGCCACCACAUCACAGGAGCCUGCCAAUGCACGGCUGGCUGGGCAGGGCCUCACUGCAUUCUGGCUUGUUCCAAUGGAUUAUUUGGCGAGGGCUGCAAGCAAAAGUGUGACUGUGUCCACAGUUCAAGUUGCCACCAUGUGACAGGCCACUGCCAAUGUGAGCCUGGCUGGAGAGGAGCCAAUUGUGACAAACCUUGCCUCUUGGGGUUCUUUGGUGCUUCCUGUACCCAGCGAUGCCAGUGCCCGGAUGGUGUUUCUUGUCAUCAUGUGACAGGGGUCUGUGGUUGCCCUGCUGGACUCACAGGGCCCAGCUGUGAGAAAACUUGUCCGGCUGCUAUGUAUGGGACCAACUGUAGUCAGCUAUGCCAGUGUUCAGGAGACCAUGAGCAGUGCCAUCCAGUUACGGGGAGCUGUAGUUGUUUACCUGGUUACUAUGGAGCAAGCUGCAAGUUAAGAUGUCGCUCAGGCACUUAUGGACCAAACUGCAAGUCACGAUGUAGUUGUCUCAAUGGUGGCCGCUGUGACUUCAGGACAGGCAUUUGCUACUGUCCACCAGGCUUCAUCGGAGUAGACUGCAGCUCCCGCUGCCCAACUGGGUACUAUGGCAAAGACUGUGCUAAAUUGUGUUCAUGUGGGGAAGGCGGCCAGUGCCAUCCUGCAAAUGGAAGAUGUAUUUGUGCAAUUGGGAGAAUGGGACAGUUCUGUCAAGUUUGUCCCAGCGGGCGUUAUGGGCUUCAAUGCCGCUACACAUGCAGAUGUCAAAACGGUGGUCAGUGUGAUCCAAUAGAUGGUAAAUGCAACUGUGGCCUUGGUUGGACUGGACCGGACUGUGAUACAGCAUGUUCCCAGGGAAAAUAUGGUGAAAAUUGCUCUCAAGACUGUCGUUGCCUCAAUGGUGGGACAUGUGACCGCUUUAUUGGCACCUGCAACUGUACAGCUGGUUACUACGGCCACUCCUGUCAACAUAGGUGCCCACUUGGUUUUUUUGGAAUCAACUGUGCCUUUACUUGUGACUGUGUGAGUGGGCAGACCUGCAAUUCCGUGACAGGACGAUGUGUGUGUCCACCAGGCUACUAUGGGCCUAAGUGUCAAAGCCGCUGUGAAGCUGGCAAAUUUGGCUCUAUGUGUAAAAGGUCUUGUGAUUGUUCAGGUGGGUCCUGUGACCCAGCCACUGGACAUUGCCUCUGUCCUCCAGGAAAGACUGGACAGAUAUGUGAAAAAGACUGUGGUGGGGAUCGGUUUGGCCCAGAUUGUGCUCUGUCUUGUCAGUGUUCUCACGGGGCCCGCUGUAAUGGGGUGACUGGACGCUGUCAGUGCCCACUCACCUGGCUGGGCCCCACCUGUGUGCUGCUUCAUCAAACAAGAGGACAGCUGAACUUUUCUGUGUCCCAAAGAAAGAGAAGAAUGGAAUGUGGUGUUCCAUCCCUGAGCCCGGAGCUCAAGACAAUCAACCAGUAA